AUGGAUUGGCUCCCUCACCAAACGGCUGCUUUUCUGUUCCUUGUAUUGGUACUCUUGGAUUUCAGCACAGGAUUUCAUGUAGAGGUGAAAGAAUGGGAUGAAAAUGGAAUGGCAAGAUGGAAAACCUUCAGAAGACAAAAACGUGAAUGGAUCAAAUUUGCUGCAGCUUGUAGAGAAGGAGAAGAUAAUUCUAAAAGGAAUCCAAUUGCCAGAAUCCGAUCAGAUUGUGAAGAAAACCAUCCAAUCACAUACAGCAUCUCUGGAGCUGGAAUUGAUCGUGCCCCCUAUGGAAUAUUUGUUGUUAACCCAAGAACUGGAGAAAUUAAUAUAACAUCAGUAGUGGAUAGGGAAGUAACCCCAGUAUUUGUUAUACGUUGCUUUGCUAAACACUCAGUGACGGGUGUAGAUUUGGAACCACCUCUUGAACUUCGAGUCAGAGUUCUGGAUAUAAAUGAUAACCCUCCUAUAUUUGCACAAACUGUAUUUACAGGAUCUAUUGAGGAAAGCAGUAUGGACAAUACACUUGUGAUGAAAAUAAUUGCAACAGAUGCAGAUGAACCUAAUCACUUGAAUUCUAAAAUUGCCUUUAAGAUAGAGAGUCAGGAACCUUCAGGUCCACCCAUGUUCAUUAUGAAUAAAUAUACUGGAGAACUGCAUCUUGCAAAUUAUCUGGACAGAGAGCAACAUAGUAGCUACACUCUUGUUGUGAAGGCGUCAGACCGGGAUGGAGCUGCAGAUGGAAUAUCAUCCCUAUGUAGCUGUAAUGUUAAAGUUAUUGAUGUCAAUGACAACUUCCCAACUCUUGCUCAAAGCUCUUUUUCAGCAAGUAUUUCAGAAAAUUCACUCAGUUCAGAACUACUACGAAUACAAGCUCUGGAUGCUGAUGAAGAGUUUACAGACAAUUGGUUAGCAGAGUUUUUCUUCAUAUCUGGUAAUGAAGAUAACUGUUUUGAAAUUGUUACAGAUCGAGCUACAAAUCAAGGAAUCCUUAGAGUAAUUAAGGAACUGAAUUACGAACAACUCCAAACUCACUCACUGAUUAUUGGUGUCAGGAACGUAGCUGCCUUCCACCACUCCGUUGCACAUGAAUACCAAAUCACUGGAACACCCCUUACAAUAGAAGUAAAAAAUAUGAUUGAACCACCAAGAUUUCAUCCGUCUUCAAUUGUGUUUCCUGUAUCAGAAAGCACAAGAGUGAAUUAUGUUGUGGGAACAUACACAGCCCUUGAUGAGGACACCGGAGCUAUUGCGUCAAAUGUUGUAUAUAGUAUAGGACGUGAUCCAGGUGCCUGGUUCAGAAUCAAUCAAAACACUGGUGAAAUCACACUGAACAAAGUAAUUAACCGGGAAUCAAUCUAUGUAAUCAAUGGGCAGUACAAAGCAGAGGUUCUGGCUAUCACCAGAGGUGUUCCUCGAUAUACUGCUACUGGCACCAUUGUGCUUUCAAUACAAGACACCAAUAACAAUUGCCCAACUAUUAAUACUGAAUUAAGAAAAAUAUGUAUGCAUUCCCCAUCAGUGGUUAUCACAGCAAAGGGUAUGGACGGUGCUGCAUAUGGUGCCCCCUUUACAUUCAGCAUACACGGUGAACCUCAAACCACAUGGAUUAUCAGAUCAAUAAAUGCUUCCUCUGCAGAACUAGUGGGUCAGAACAUUGACUUCUACGUUUAUAGGAUCUAUGUCAGCGUAAGAGAUAACCAAGGCCGACGCUGCCCUAAACCACAUAUAAUUCCCGUGCAAGCUUGUCAGUGUGAUAGUCGUAAUUACUGCACCAGUGGGGCCACAAAAAUAAUUAUCAUUGGUGGUGGUGCCAGUGGCGGUGGUGCUGCUGGAGGUGGUGGUGGUGCUGGCGGUGGCGGCGGUGCUGCUGGCGGUGGUGGCGGUGCUGCUGGUGGCGGUGGUGCUACUGGUGGAACAGGAAGCCAAAUAGGUGGAGGAGGAACAGGACAAGAAAGUGGUGGUAUGGGUCCAUCUGGACCUGGAGGAAAAGAAUUUGAAGACCACACAGACUGGCAGGUUUACACUGAUGGAUACGGUGAUGUUGAUGAAGGAGUUACUGCAGCCACUGAUUAUGGUUAUAACGAAGGUGGAAAUUAUGGCAGAGCUUUGCCAUCUACUACCACACUUAGUGGUGCUGCCAUCGGCUUGAUGUUUCUUGGUGGAUUAAUAUUUGUUUUAAUUCCAAUUUUGAUGUCAAUGAGUGACUGUUGUGGGUGUGGACCCGGUGCUGUGGGUGGAGUUGGAACCGGAUUUGAACCUGUACCUGAAUGCACAGAAGGAGCAAUUCAUCCAUGGGGAAUAGAAGGUGCACAGCCUGAAGACCGGGAUGUCUCACACAUUCUUGCCCCAACAACAGCUGCAGGAGGUGAUUUUGGUGAACCCUCUGACAUAUAUACAAACACGUAUGGAGGAGGAGGAGGAGUAGUAGCUUCUGGUGUUGAAGAAACUACAGGGGUUGGCUAUGGCACUGGUACUGGUUACGGAACAGCUGGAGGAAUUUCUGGAACAGGGGAAGCAAAAGGGUCAGCUGGAGGAACAAUAAAAGAAUAUCGAGAAGGAGGGGUUAACAUGGCCUUCUUAGACAACUACUUCUCUGAGAAAGCAUUUGUGUAUGCAGAUGAAGAUGAAGGUCGGCCAGCAAAUGACUGCCUAUUAAUAUAUGAUCAUGAAGGAGUCGGUACUCCUGUCGGCUCUGUGGGUUGCUGCAGCUUUAUUGGAGAAGAUACAGAUGAAACGUAUUUGGACACAUUAGGACCAAAAUUUAAGACCCUGGCCGAGAUCUGUCUGGGUAAAGAGAUCGAACCUUUCCCUGAUGUCAACCCGCCCUGGCCAUGCGUUAAUGUCACCUUUCCCAACCCUGAAAGUGAUCUAAACCUCCCACCACCUGGAACCACCAUUGUUGUCAAUGGAUGUGCACCUAUGCCUCCUCCCGUCAGCACUACAACGGUUGUUACUGAAAACACCUACACAUCUGGGUCAACCAUACAGCCCCCAAGGCCAAUGCCAGAUCCUUUGCUCCAUGGCAACAUGACAGUGACCGAGACCUACACCUCUGGCUCCCCCUCUCUUUGCGUUGACCCACUCCGUGCAUCCAACGUUGUUGUAACAGAAAGGGUUGUUGGUCCUGCAUCUGCCUCUGAUUUGCGUGGCAUGCUAGAUAUCCCCGACCUCACAGAUGGGUCCAACGUUAUCGUCACGGAAAGAGUAAUUGCACCUAACUCCCGGCUCCCAGCCUCUCUGAGCAUUCCUGAUUUGGUAGAUGGGUCAAAUGUGGUGGUGACAGAAAGGGUGUUCAGGCCUGCCUCUGGCAUGCCAGGCAGCUUAAUAAAUAUUCCCUCGGAGUUAUCGAACGCCCACAAUGUGGUAGUCACCGAGAGGGUAGUGUCAGGGUCUGGGAUGAGCAGCCUGGGGGGGACAAGCCUGGCUGGGGGGAAUCUGGGCGGCCUGAGCAGUGCUGGUCAGAUGCUCAGUGCUGACUGUCACGUUGGCCAGGCAAUGGGCAUGGCAUCCCCCAGCACCUCCCGGAGAAGAGUGACAAAGUACAGCACCGUGCAGUACUCCAGUCAGUAAGGCCUCUGCCAGCGCCCCUUCCUGUUGAAAUCACCAUUUGCACUGACACUCAUUAGCUGCCACCCAUCAAGAAUAUUGUUAUUAUUUAUAACUAGGAAAUAGUGCUAAAAUUUCAGGG